AUGAUUAAAGUGAUUCGUAAAGUGAAAAUCGGCAAUGAAUGUUCAUUUUUUCGUUUAAUUACUACGAAUCACUUAGAGGACGAUGAAAACGUCGCCGAGAAUGGAUGCAUGCAGACGACGACUAUCGUUCAUCGUUCCUAUGAAAUUCCUAAAGUAGAAAAAAUUUGCCCACUUUGUCUGUGUAUUCGCCCCAGGAGUACGGAUGACGAAAGUGCAAAUUAUCGAGCAAAUAAACCAAGUAGAACUGGUGAAUUUUCGAGAGAAAAAAAUCGGAAACGAAUAAAAUCUCGUGCCGCAUGCAACUGGUUGUUUCGCGAUGACACUCAUGAGCCGGUCGAAAAUGUAGGUUUAGAAGCAGCGGAACAAGAAGCUGAAUCAUACGUUGUACAUACGUCAGUUGAUUACAUGAAUUUUCUUGUACCAGAAAUUGAUAAAAUUUUUGCUUCUGUUUAUUACUGGGGGAUUAUGGAUCGUUAUGAGGCCGAAAAACUGCUCGAAAAUAAGCCCGAAGGUUCUUCGUUCUUCAUCAACAUUGUGAAUUUCUCAAGAAAUGCAGUUUGCCUGUGGAAAAAUAGUUCAAAAAUCGAUCCUUGGACAGGGACAUUGAUAACCCAAAUCUUAAUACCUAUGCACAACUUUGCAAUAAUUUGCAACUGUGAUUUGCAACUGACGAGGUUACCGAAGAAGUGCAACAAGAUUUUAUUACCACAGUAUACCAAGCUAUCAAAACAGAGAACAUUUUUAUUGCGUGAUAGCGCCCAGUCGGAUUAUUUAUUUUCUGUAUCAUUUCGACGCUAUAAGCGAACAUUACAUGCGCGUAUCGAACAAAAAAAUCAUCGAUUCGGUUUCGAUUUUUCGGAUUCAGCGAUUCAUUCAUCAAGUAGAAUCACUGAUCUUAUAGAUUAUUACAAGGAUCCUUCAAAAUGCUUAUUUUUUGAACCGCAGUUAUCAUAUCCUUUAAGGCGUACCUUUGUUUUCUCUCUACAGAAUCUAUGUCGAGCAGCGAUAGCUAGUCGGACGACAUUCGAUGGUGCUGCAAGACUGAAUUUGCCGAAAUCCUUGAUCACUUAUAUUCAGCAGUAUCAUUAUUGUAUACCAAUUAGAACAACUAAACACUAUUCACCUUGUAAUUCGAGAAGCAGCUUAUCCUGA